AUGGCUGCUCUUGCAACCAUGUGCCGUAGUAUUGAGUCGUCGCAUGAUCGAGAUGUAAUUCUGGAACCGUUGAGCAUUUUAAAAAACGUUUUACCUGUUCAACCAGCACCGGUACUGUUACCGAGUGAUUCUACGUCCUCACCACUAAAAAGCACACGUCUGGCCGGACAGUUGAUAUCGUGUUUUGUCGUUGGAGGUGAGUGUCGUCUUUGCUUGCCUCAGUUUUUGGCUAUGGUAUUGCCUAAUGUUAACGAUGCUAUAAUACAGAAGGUGAAUAGUGAUCUGCAAAUCCACACAGCUAUCGCAACGCCGACACAAAUGAAGUCGUUAAAAAUUUCUGGAAUUUUACCACCCGGUGCCAGUACCUGUAGUUUAAUCCGAAAGAGUGAUGCUGAAAGACUAGUAUCUCGGUUGUUACCACAGUCAAGUGGUCGCUUACAGAAUCCAAAGCUUCGUGAAGAAGGUGUUGCUGUUCGGCACGAUGGGUUUGGUGGGUGUUCCGGACUUCUGAUUCCAUCGCUUAUCGUUGACGAGUGCAGUGCUGCUAUUGAAUGCAGCGAAUGUAACUAUUUGUUUACUGGUGAAACGUUUGUCUCACAUACGCAUGGUACCAGUGAGCCAAGCCAGGUGUGCCACUGGGGUUUUGAUACAGCAAACUGGAGAUAUUAUAUAUAUUUGGCUGAUGAAGAUCACAGCACUGAAGACGAUCGACAGAAGUUACAGUUGUGCAAAAAUUUCAAAGAAAUCGAAGCGCAGAAGAAAAUAUCUGCCAUACUGAAUUCGCAGAUUCGGGCGCUUAAACGACGUAAUGAUACGAAGGUACAUAUUAGUAUUUCUUUAAAAUAG